CUUCGUUCCUCGCAUCUACAUCGAGAUUCGUUUUUGCCAUUCCUCUUAUCAAAGUAAUAGUCUAGAAUUCAUAGACCCCGAGGACGCCGGCCCUCACCCUCACAAUACCUUUCCCUGGUAGAAGUUUGAAGUGUUUUUCUGGACGGAAGUGCUGUUUUUAUAGGGACCAAGAGUUUUUAUCCCUCGUUUUCAUUGGUGUUUAUUUCGAGUUUGUCAAAGGGUUUUAUCCAUAGUUAGCGUAGAGAGUCAU